AUGACAAACGGGAAAAUUCGUGACACUGACAUCUCAGCGUCCUCAGAAUUAAAUUCAAAUUCAUCAGCAUCAAAUGGAAGACUAAAUAACACAAAAUCUUGGGUUGCUGAUAACAAUGAUACACAACCUUGGAUACAAGUGAAUUUUGGAAAAAUUAUGAACAUUACUGCGAUCAGUACUCAAGGCUUUCCAGGUUCUGGCUUUGUUUCAUCAUUUUACUUCAGUUAUGAUACCAGUGAAAUGGAGUGGUUGAACUAUACCAUUCAUGGAGGAUAUGUUAAGGUAAUCAUAUAUAAACUACAUGUAACUGUUUAAAAUUUCCACGUGCACUACAUGAUAUAAUAAAUUCUGCCGAGAGCAACUCUAGCUUUGUCAGUGCUCUCUAACCUUCCCAAGUGCAUCCAUAACUCAAUAAUUAUAUAUGCACAGCUAAAAGCAUGAGCAAAUUCUUUCAUAACAUAGCUCACAUAGCUUUUUGAUUAAGUGCAAAAUUCUCAUAACAAGUUGGCUAGUUACAAACAGGCCGCAAUUUUCUAGUUUGAAAGAAAAUUCUUUCUGUAAAACUGAGUCACUGAGAAAGAAAAUUUGCUUAUUUAUUCGUUAAUGAUCAAUGGAAACUAAGCUGAAACAAACGUAAAAGCAGAGUCUUGAAGUCCACCUAAAGUUAGAAAUAGCCAUAUGUUCGUAAGAAGUCAUGGAGUAUAGUUUGGACAAUUUCCGUAUUGGCUAAAAAGAUUAUUUAUGUUUUGCUCGGCAAAAUGUGGAAAACUUGUUUUUUAGUGCCGACGACUGUGGUCCUACUUUAUUUUUAUUCAUUUACUAACAAUGGCUGGUCAUUAUGGCUUUUCGAGAAUACCUGGCAGCAGCAGUUUUUGUGAGUAAUAAAUUUAAAGAGACAUUUUCCUUCUUCUGUCGGAUUGUUCGGUAAUAACAAAGUGCAUGAAUAAUUUUUAAUUUUUUUUUUUUUUGCUAUUGAGCUUACUUUAUAAGCUUAUACACGUAAUUAAGUUGUUUUGUAAAGGAUAAAGAAACGCUAAAAAUGGAGGACACUUCAUACAAAUGGGAUAUUUCUGUGUCAGUCCUUAUGGCAGACUUUUCAACGAACAGGCUCUAUUAUUAAUUUGCAAAACAUCUUCACCGCUUUUGCUGUUGGUUUGAGUGGCCAGCUAGAAGCUCAAUUCCAAAUACUAUGCUAGAAAGUUUUUCAUCAUUGCCGUCGAUUUUUGAGUAUUAGUACUUAGGAAAAGAUAUGAAAAACACGGCUGAACUCGUCAUCAUGAAAAAAAAUCUUUAUACAGUGCAUACUUGCCAACCCUCCCGGAUUAUCCGGGAGUCUCCCGGAUACGACACCAAUCUCCCGGUCUCCCAUACGGGUCGCUUUAUCUCCCGGAUAAAAUCAUCUUUUGAGCUUUUCUGUGCCAUAGUUUGAAAUUUAGCCCAUUUUUAGCUCAAAACUUGAAUUUUUCUUAUUCGUAACUGUAGUACGGUUUCUGAGGCAUUUUACACCUAUUUAGUCACUGACAAAGAUUAUUUCUGGCAUCAAAACGAUGAUCGUGAAUUUGGAUAGUAUCUACUUCAUGUAAGACUUGAUAUAAUGUCCUAAAUUUCUGGGAUAGGGGGCUAGUGAAAAACAGAAUCUCCAGAUUUUAAAUCUCUAGAGGUUGGCAUAUCUGACAGUGUAUGCAGGGUCUGCCUAAAUAAAGAUUUUGUUCAUACAGUUAGUGGCUCAAUAGGACUUAUAUAGGGCAAGCACGCGCGCUAUGUUAUGUUAUAAGUUUUAGUAUAUAGAAAGAAAGUUAAAUGUUACUCUAGUUUCAGUACUGUUACAUUUAAUUUAGUGAUCCUCAAUGAGUGAAGGUGGAGAUCUUAUACUCUGCUACACAUCUUACUUUCUACUUGUAUGCUUUGUAUUUUUUAAGCUGUACUUGUAGUUUAUUUGUCUUGGUCUCUGUCUGUAGUCUUACUUGUUCUGGGUUCAGAAGACCAAAGUAUUAUAUCCUGUAGCUUAUAGUGGAAUAUACAUUUUUUAUGUUUCUUUAGGUUUUUCAGGGUAAUACAAAUGAUAAUGGUACUAAGAGAGUGUUGGUCAAUCCCUUGGUGACAGCACAGUACAUAAGAUUACAUCCAACAAACUGCUCUGGACACUGUGCACUUAGAAUGGAGUUUUAUGGCUGUAAAUCAGGUAUUAUUCAAUCGGUCAGUGUAAAAGGCAGACUGCGGACUAUUGUUUUCACCAUGCAAAUGAGUAUGUGACAACAAUAAUCCCAUUGUUUUCUAACCCUAAAAACAAUAGUCUGCAUUUUACACUGCCCCAUCAUUUAAAGUCAUAACUCAGGUUAAGCCUAAUUAUGAUCUGAAGAUUAUGGAGAUACAAUGUGGAGGAGAGUGUUUCAUGUACAGUGUACUAGAAAUAGAACAUGGACGUGUAUCACAGAAUCUCACGAAUCUUGGGGGAAGAGGCUCGUAAAGUGUAACUGGGGAGGGUGGGUUCAAUGGCGGCUGUAAUAUUGGAAGCAAUCUCCUUUUGGUUGGAGUAAACUUGAACUGAGUGCCCUGGCUUUAAAUAGGGUGUGGGAUUUAAAUGGAGUUGCUGUUGUAUUAAGGCGGUGUAGGCAAAGUGGUGAUGGUGUCGUGUUCACCCUAUUUGAUCGUCCUUAAUCAUGUGUAGUUUAUGUCAAAAGGAAAUGCAGGUGUGAUAGUGGAUGACUGCAGGCUAUUAUGUGGUGGGAUUUGCUAAAAUAACAGCUAACUUCCGCCGUCUCCUACAAUGUAUAAUAAUAUUGUAAUAAUUAGAGUUGUACUGCGUGGCAUCCUCCAAGAUCUGCAUGAUUCUUUAGAUCACACAAUAGGUGAAUAGAAACUAAGAAAUGGAAUUUUGAUAUUUUAAAUCACGAUUUAAGCAAUCAUGAGGCCGAGUACAUGUACAUGUAUGAUCUGAAAAUUGUUACAUGUAGAUCAUACUAUCAAGUGAACAAAAAUAUAUGUUUUUUUAAUUCUUUGAAAAUAUAUUCAUACUUUAAAUUAUGCUAAAUAAUGUGCCUGAUACAUUUAGAAUAAUGCUUAUUAUUAUCCCAGUCAGUAUUAUAUUGCAGUUACAUCUGCACAACAUUAUUUUAUUAUCUGGUUCCUAUAAGUAAACAAAUAAUCUGACUGUGUUUUACCCUGAUACACCGCAGAUCCAACUAUAGGACUUCCUGGUCAACCACUUUCCCUAAAACAGAUUUCUAUUUCAUCAUCCAUGAUCAACAUUACAUGGGAUCCACCUAUUGACAUUGGUGAUGGCAUAAAAGGUUACAUUGUGAAAUGGCAGGAAGUAAAUGUAACAUCUGGCUCAAUGCAAAAAGUUGUUCCACCUUUAAGUUUCAAUUCAGCAUCACUUGCUGUUACACCAUACACAUGGUAUGACAUUCAUGUGCAAGCCUACAACGACGAGGGGACUGGCCCUUGGUCUAAACCUUUAAGAGUACAAUCACGUGAAUCAGGUGAGUUUAAUACUUAAUUCUCUGCACAUCGUUAUACUGUGAUUGAUAUUUUCUUUUGAUCAAGAUGCAUGAUUCUUGAGGAAGUUGAGGCUCUAUUUCCACUUGUCAGUCACAUCACAUCUCAGAAUAGACCAUUAAUUUACAGUUGUGGACUUAUUGCCCCAGCCGUUGAGUGAGAUUGAGGUUGACCUUGUUUCAAUAAAAAUCUCCUUUGUUUUAUGACAAUUAUGCUUUAAAAAAAAUGACAUUUGUAGUUUAAGAAUAGCAUUAUUUGCAUUUAAAAAAAGCAUGAAGGGUUGUAUCGUUUUUAUUCUAGUUUAGAUAGUAUGUAUUGUAAUAUUUUGAGAUGUCUUUUGCAUACAGCUGUAGUUAGUAUAAUUAUUUGGUAAUUUGAGAUUAUUAUGUAUUUAUUUAACAUAGUUUAGCAGGUCCACAUCAGCGUAUGCUGCCAUCUCUCAACGUGCUUUAUCAAAUAAAGCAUGUAUGUGUGCAUGUAUGUAUGUACGGUAUGAAUGCAUGCAGUGGCUGUAAGUUUGUUCUAUUUCAGUACCCUCUGCUGCACCAGCAAACUUCGCUUUAAGUUCCAGUUCUCCUCUUUCACUAACUGCAUCAUGGGAUGCCAUACCUGUCAAGCAACAACAAGGAAAGCUGCUGGGUUACCAAGUCUUCUACAAGAAGGAGGGAUCCGGCAAUGAACAAAAUGGGACUGUUGGACCAGAUCAGCUCAAUUACACAAUUAUGGACCUUGAGAUUGCAAGUUACUCUGUUAGAGUAGCUGGGUUUACUGCAGUCGGUAUUGGCAAUUCCACUGUGAUACUGACAGAAACGCCAAGUGAAGGAGGUUAGAAAACGGCACAUUUAAGUUUGCUGAUGCAUGUUAUUGUUUUAAAUUGACUUGAUCAAACAACUAACUGUAGUUAUCUUCGAAGCUUAGAUACAUGUACAAUGUAUAUAUGCGUCUUAUUAUUUUACUAGUUAUAGUUGACUCUACAACUGCCCCCACUCUGUAUUGAGUCCAUCAUUGCAGCCUUGGACUUUGUGUAGCUCUUUGAAAUUAACCGUUAAUGUUGAGAAUUUUCACACAUAAACAGACAGCAAGGGGAACGCAAAGCAGGAAACGCAAGAUUUCAUUUCAGGCCGAUCAGUACGCAGCGUUGAUCAAAACACUCUCGGUGUUUCGACCAUUUUUUCACACACGUCCUAGUUAUUUUAUUAAAUUUUCGGACUAAAACGGCAUACAUCAGCCCAGAAUUUAAUUGUACCAGUUCGGGUAAUUUCUGUAAUCGUCUACCCUGCGUGCAGAGUCUACAUUUUCGCGGUGUGAGCUGCUGAGCGAAAAGUACUACUACGCACUUCACUCACACAGCAAAAAUGUAGCCUCUGCUCCCAGGGUAUAUAUCGUUCUGCUGAUAGAAACUACAUUGUAGCUUGAUUUACUCGUUCGCUUAGGAAAACUUGUUUGUUUUUUUGUUUAAAUCGUUUCCAAUCAAAGAUUUUUGAAUGAUAGCGGAACUCAACACCCGUUCGAAGCGCGCCCGAACGUAGUCCCAUACCUAAGAAAAUGUGGUAAUCUACCCACCCGAGAAAGUUUGGUAAUCACGUGACCUUACGCCCGUGUGCCCGCCCGCCGUUUAUCAGCACCACAGAAAUACCAAUGUAAAAUAACUCAAUCAACAGAUUUGGCAACCCAAAUGCAACUCUAGGUUAUCCUGGCGGGAAUCGCAUAGCCACCCUCGUCUUGUGAAGCAGAGUCAAUAAAGACGAAAACGGAAAGCGGAAAUUGUUUCUGUAUCCGUGUUGUCUAAAGUAUUAAGCUUACAUUAAUUGUCAUGUCCACAAUAUGGAAAGGUAGAGAAAGAGAAAGACGGAGAAGAAAAAGACUGAGAAAGUAGGCGACAAGCCGGCGAAGCUUAACGAGAAAAAGAGCGACAGAGAGCUAGCGCUAGAGAAAAAAAGCAAAGGAGACAUUUUUUUUGUUGGAAGAACAACAUGAAAAUUUUGUAGCGCCGGUGAGAAAAUGAGAAGUGCUAACGGCCACCAAGAGUGAAAUGAGCGGCUGUGAAAAAAAGUGAACAAGAACACCUGACGUACGACAUUCGACAUUUCGUCCACAAAACGUGUAACUAGGAAGUUUCUGGAAGUUUUACGUUGUAGUCGUGCAAAGCAAGGGCAAAGAAAUGUACAAAAUAUGUGCUGCAUGUGCAAAGUUGCUUUUUUGCUAAUUAGACCCAUUGUUGUUUUUUCACCGUUCUCGUUGCCUUUGCCGCUUAGCAUUUCGCGAUUUUACAUUUUGUUUGAGCAAACUAAAAAUAUUAUCGAGGCUUCUCUUUUAGCCCUGGCUAAAUCUAUAUAUUAAACUCGUGUCUGGAAAACCCUCUAAGUGCUUACCGUAAAUGACCUACUUUGUAAUAAAUGCCUAGGGCGUCUAUUUCUUUUUAGGGGUCCAAGAGGGGGCGUUUAAUAGAUAGGCGGCGUUUAUUCUCAUAUUUACUGUAACAAUCUCAACAAAACUAAUAUGCUUUCGGCGAAAAUAUCAAGAAAGUUUAAAAAUAGCGGAAUAUCCACUCCAUCAAUUGAUACGCCUAGGCCGUCUAGAGAUCCAUAUCACUCUUUAAAAUCCCAACAAUGAUGUCAGCAUCCUCGCUCAUUAGUCGAGCUUGCUUGAGCAGAGCGAGACUCUCUUUUUUUUUUUUCUUCGUGGGCACCAAUUUGGAGGCCAUGCUCCCAGGCGUUCCUAGCGGAGACCGUGGGAACUGGGGAUCAGAAUCGUGACGACGUUCAUUGUAUGCAAAUGAGACUCGUGAUGAGCAUGCGACUGAUUUUCGGUGAUGACUGAAUUGACGCAUGUAAGUUGAUGACGUUUUUCGUGCAAGCUGCUAGGAUGCGUCCUCGGGAUUUCGCCUUCUGGACGAAAUCCCUGUGAGGGCAAUAAACCUGAGACAGAGGAGUUCGUUUUUCUGCUUUUUACUGCAUGUUGUAUGGUAUUCAAAAGACAGUAUGGACCAGUGGUAAUAAUAAAUACUGAUUAAACUAUGUAGUACUUAAACAUUCUGUUUUCUUCUGUAAAUCGUGCAGCUCCGUCCCCUGUUAGGAACUUGGAACUCAGUGUGGUUUCAUCAACAUCAAUCUUGGUGAAGUGGGAACCACCAGUAACAAUGAAUGGAAAUCUCCGGCAUUAUGCAGUGACGUAUGGAACAGCAAGGGACAAGUUGAAUCAAAGGAGGAAUUCUCCCACUGAUGUCAGUUAUGAACUAAAUGAUCUGGAAGAAUUUACUGACUACUAUGUUCAAGUGUUUGCUGAAACUUCUGUUUCAGGAAAACCCUCAGACAUAGUUGAUGCAAAAACAUUGGAAGAUGGUAUGGCCAGUAACUUUGAAUGUUUUGUUAUGUUAUGUUACUUACUUUACUCUCGAACAGUAAUCUGGGACGUCAGCAUACAAAUGCACCACCGGCUGCCACCAUUGGUCCAUUUGUGAGGUUAAUGUAACCCUGGAUUUUGUGAUCAGUGAAGUGAUUACAAAUGUACAUGUAGACUACACCAUCUUGUUUUCUUUCUUUUUCUUUUUCUAUUAAACGUACAGCUCCAAGUGCUCCACCAGUCAUCGAUAAAGCGGAAACUAAAGCUGAAGAUGCUCACACUAUUAGAGUCACGUGGAAUGAGAUUGUCAAGAAGGACCAAAAUGGUAUCAUAAUCGUUUACACAGUGGCAUACAAAGUGGAAGGUCAACCUAUACAGUUAAGCCUCAAUACAACUGACACAAAUACAGUUAUCAAAGGACUAAAGCCAUACACACGCUACUGCAUUAGAGUACGAGGCUAUACUAAGAUUGGACCUUCAGUUUGGUCUCCCUGUACCAUAGUGAUGACGUCACAGUCAGGUGCGGUAUAGUUCCCCAAGUUUGAUCAGUUUGAAGGCACAAACCACAGAGAGAAAAUAAUUACAACGAAACAAAAACAAACAACAGAAAAGCCACCGGUGUUUGUGACAAGCUAAUGAAUCCUCUUGUUAAGGCAAUUUUAUUGAACCUAAUAAUAGCCUUUUAUCAAUUUAUAGGUGUAUGCGUUUGUGUAAUUAUUUUUGUUUUUAUCUUAUUCAAUUCUUUAUUUUUUUGUCCGCUUCUUUUGAAUACAUGUAGGUGCUUAGUUUUGCUGUAGUUUCUCUAUCAACUAAAUUAUAAAUACCCCAAAACGUUCGGACGAAAAUUUUAUCCAACAUUUUUUCCAUUCGCAUAUCUGUCAACACGAUGUUUUCGUAAUCUGCAAUUGUAUUGCAAAUAUUUAUUUAGGAACCGUUCUAGGUGUUUUUAUGUUGAGUUUAUUACGUUGACUUGAGUUUUUUCUAUGAAUUGUGUGUAUUUAACAAUUAUUCCUCGAGCCCAAAUGGGCUCUGAGUCAAUAGCCCAUGAGGCCGAAGGCCGAAUGGGCUAUUAACUCAGAGGGCAUGAGGGCGAGAGGAAUAAUUGUUUUAGUAAAAUCCAACUAGCUGGUCAAAAAUAUCGAGACAAACAACUUUAGCUAGUUAAAGCUAGACUUUAAUCCUUUUUUGCCGCCAAAAAGGCGGCGCUUUUCGCUACUAGUGGGCUAUAACAUAUAGCCUAGUAGUUGCUCAACCAAUCAGAACGCAGUAUUGAUAAUAGACCACUAGUUGGAUUUUACUAAUUGCUCAUAGCGAUCGAGUACAUGAAUGUCAGCCGGUCAGAAAACUGGUUGAACGGCAGUGGAAAGUUAGUGCAGUUUUACUAACAAAAGAGUUAAAACUGUAGGUCCAAGUCGUCCGCAAGGUGUUCUCGUGAAAGCUUCUUCAUCUACCACCAUUGAUGUAGAGUGGAGCGAACCAACAGAACCAAAUGGAGUUAUACAAAACUAUUUGAUUGAAUAUGGAACAAGCCCAAACCAUCAAACCACCGAGAAAGAAGUUACAAACCGCACAUUUCAAUUCACCUUAACUGGCUUAGAAAAAUUUACAACUUAUUACAUCAAGGUCAGGGGAAAAACAAGCAAGAAAGGGAAUGCAUCAGAAGUAUUAAAUACUACAACGUUUGAAGACCGUAAGUAUAUAUUUUUUUUCCUCUAAUAAUUAUACAGAUGUCUUGGCCAUGCGUUUUUAUUUGAGCAGCCAUAUGGGAGUAAUGUUAAUCUGAGCUAUUCACGCACACAUGCACAUACAGAUGCAGCUGUAGAAUGCAGAGCUGCUGGUACUUAAUCCUAUGAGCAAAGCUCAUUUAUUGCACUUGAACAACCCGGUAGCUUAGGCGGUAGAGCUUUGCACAAGGUGUCGGUUUUGAAUCCUACCCGUACUGCAAUGUGAUAUAAGACCUUUUGGUGCGAUCAGGGUAUAACGUUAGGGUUACUCUAAUUGAGGCAAUCGUUGGUUCCAACACGCGUGAUGGUUCUAUCCUUAUGAACAACGCGACUCACCCAAAAGUCAGAUUGCAAAAGACUUGAAGUGGAGUGGAGUGGAGACUUUAUUUAGAGAGGGCAACACUGGAAGGGUACAAUAAAAAAACUGAUGUAAGCUCCGUCCACACGAAUCCCGAUAUUACUGGUUUCAUGUAAACGGAGGGCCCGUCAACCUACCCCCCCCCCCCUUAAAAUAAAUAAAUAAAUAAAUAAAUAAAUAAAGCGUCAGGUGUCUGUAAGGACGGGUUCUGCAAAUUUCGGAGCAAUAAAAGAAACUGGCGCAAAUAUGGAUAUUCAAAAUAGCGCUACGACAUCAAGUUGUUUUACACCUCUGUAAUUUAUUCUUUUUCGUUCUGCAUUUCUACAGGUCCUGGUCCCCCGCAAAAAUUUGCUGGUAGAGUCUUAUCAGACAAAGAAAUUCUCAUUACGUGGGAAGAACCUAUUAUUGCCAAUGGAAUCAUAAGAUCUUACCAUAUCAUAGGUUAUGAAACUAAAACUGGGCGAGAGGUUUAUAACAGAAUUGUGACUAAGGGACUCAAAAAAGAAGAGAGCCUACAAGUAUCCAACCUUACGCCGUAUACAAACUUUACCUUCACGAUACAAGCCAAAACCAUUGAGCUAGGAGAGAUGGCUAACUUCACGGCAAAAACAUCGGAAGGAGGUGACUUUGAAAUAUUUUUUUGCGUACCCCGCCGUACCCCCUUUUUAGAAGGUACCUUAUUCUCCUUUAUUUUCGCGGGACUUAAAUUUCGCGAAAAUUUUCUCGGCACAUUUCGCGAGUCUUUAAUUUCGCGAUCGCGGAGAAAAAUUGUGUUUGCAGGGAAUUAAAUUUCGCGAAAUUGACGACUAAGUUACUUUAUUUUUUCUUUUUUACAAAAAUUGUACGUUAAUCAACAGUUGAAACAAAACCAAUAUGCUGUCCCUUAGCGGCAGCCGUAUUCCUCUUGUUCUUCCGAGUCGUCAUCGAGUAUCGAGAGUAUCGUUACAUGUCCUUUCUAGGAGAUCUCAACAGAACCUUCAGUCUCUUCAAACGGAUCCUCAGGGGGAAGACUAAACGAUUCAUCCAAUAGUUGGGCGAAGCCAGCCUUUUCCCACCCUUUAGUGAUGUGACAAUUUUUAAAAUUUUUAAAACUAAACUAGUGAGCAGCACUCUGCGAACUGUUGCUUUAAAACUUGUUUAUUCUCCUACGCGUUUCGUCUAACUAACGUAGACUUAUUCAGGAAGUUUUACAAUCAAGUACUAAACGCCUGUAUUUAAGCCAUAAUAUGACUAAAACUAAUGAUGGUCGCAAACAUUGAAGGUUUGGCCGGAUUUACAAAAAGGAACAGGCGCAGCUGUGAAAUUUUUUACGCAAGGUGUGAGAAAACUUUGGGGCCACGGUUUUAGCUAAAAUAAGUAAUAAACAAGUUUUACAGCAACAGUUCGCAGAGUGCUGCUCACUAGUUUAGUUUGAAAAAUUUCAAAAAUUAACAUCUGAAGUUGAUAGAUGAUAGCACCUUGUACUAACACCUUGUGUUAAAAAUUGUUUAGGACCCUUGAAAACACAAACACAUGAUUUCCUAUGUCCAUUAAAUUUCGCGGGUCUUUAAGUUCCCGAAUUUUUUAAAAUCGCAAAAAUCGCGAAUUUAAGAACCCGCGAAAAUUAAGGAGAAUAAGGUAUUUUCUUGGUUAUUCGUUCAAUUUUCCACGGCCACGGCCAAAGACCAAGUUCUAUUCUUUGUAGUUACUUGUAUUUAAUUUUGUGUUUAAACACAUAUUCGCCCACGGAGGAUUUUGGUGUUAACUCCUUCUCUGGAAAUUAACAAGAAAUUAAAUCAAAUGUCGAGGCCUGGAUGAUUCGUUCGAAAUAACCCAGUUUUCGCAACCAGGAAUCGCCUUAAAACCUCAGAUAUUUUCACGCGCGAUUCGAAAUCGCACUUAAAAAACGUGGCAUGAAGAAUUGUGUAUUGAAAGAGCCAAUACUACAUCAAAUUGUUAUCUGUGAAUUUUCUUUAACCUUUAGUGCCAGGUAAACCGGCGUUUGUCACAGCCAAGUUAGAGGAAGAUAAUAUUAACGUAUUUUGGGAAGAACCAGUUAAUCCUAAUGGAAUAAUCACAAAAUACAAUGUGAGUGGAAAAUAUGUUUACAUGUUAUUUUAUCAAUAUUUGUAACCCAAUCCCCGCGUAAUACCUCCUUUAUGACCCUCUUAGCGACAGUCUAUUGGCAAGGCUUGUUCUCACUAGUAAUGCAUAGAAUAAGAAACGUAAUCAGAAGCAUAGAGCCUUGCCGUCUUGUUAAAACAGAGUCCCGCUUCCUCUAACGUCUCUGUUGCGUACUAUCCUGGUGAAAACCAGAUUGCCGGAGUCGCAAGGAGAAGCGGUGGAAGAAACCUAAUCACCGUGUCGGCGACGCAUGGGAAGGGGUAUUGCGAAUGGUUUUUUUUUUCACUUCUCCUUCUGACUCCAUCCGACAUUCUGGUUUUCACAAGACUGUAAAUGGAAACGUUUUAUCCUAUGUUCACCCUAUACCGGAUAGCUAGCUUCUCGUGCUUUCCGGUAUGGUAUGAGCAGCAACGGCACAGAACUGGAACAAGUCGUUCACAUGCAUCAAGCUGUAGCGGUUAGCCGAGAGGGUUAAGUUCUCUACUUGCCUAAAGAACAUCCUUCUUUAAUAUUUUGCAGUCAGUGGUCUUGUUUAACUGAGGGAUCUUUAGAGACGUGCCCCACUUUUCAUUUCUUUUUCUUGCGAACUUUGAAACCGUUCUCCAUUUAUCAUUUAGGAACAAUUUCGAGUACAAAAUUAAUUUGUUAAACAUGUAAAUGGCCUGUUACGUCUUUUCACUCACAUGGUCAGCAACUAUGCAAAUUUAUUGCGCCAAAAAGAGCGCGCACAAAAGAAAAGAAUUCAACUCCCACAGUAAUUAUUUGGGACACCAAAAUGGCCUAGGCUUGGCCCGGCCGGGCUGUCUUAAUGGUAUUUUGACACCAACAUGGCGGAAUUGACGUCGUGUGAAAAAGUAUAGAGGUAUAGAGAGGUGAUCUUAUAGUGUGUUUUGUUUGUCCUUUUCUGUUUAGGUGCGUUGCAAGGGAAGAAGAGUGUAUAACACCUCUUUCAAAUCUGAUUUACAGCUGGUGGAAUCUGAAACGUCUCGGUAUACGUCUAUCACUAAAGAAAACUUGAAACCUGGUACAGAGUACACGAUAUAUGUUACGGCGUUCACUAAGAAAGGAAAGGGUACAGCAAGUGACGCUGUUACAGUAACCACACCGGCAAAAGGUAACAGUCAACAUCAUCAUUGCGUACUGGCAGGUUUUAAAUAGCACUAUGACACUCUGCACUGAAUUUAAACCCUGACUGGUCAUUAUACAGUGUUGCAGUACUUUGUAGCCUGAUACCCUAGAGUGUCAGCCGUCUCCGUUACCCCAAUCCCCACUCCUUCAAGGCGAGAUACAUGUACGUAGUGUGCGUUGCAUUGAUCUUAUUCUGGAAUAGGGGACGAGAAUAGUAUACAACUAUCCCCGAAGUGGAGGUGAAUAGUGGUGCCUAUAUCCCGGACUCGAAGCGUCGAGGUAUAUUUCUAGCGCUAUGAACCGACCCUGAAGGGUUAGUUGUUUAGUAUUUACCAAAUCAGUUAGAUAAAAAUCAAAAAGGAACUUUUUUAAAUAAAAGACGUCACUUAGAGUUUGUUUACGUUUCAAUUGACAGUGUUUCGGGGAUCAUUUUUUAUGAUUUUGUUGCAAAUUGAGCGAGAAAAUUUUUUCUUCCGACCAGUAAACACUGACAAGCCAAAUUGUGUCUCUUCCUUGUUAUUUGUUGGCGCAGCUGCUUCAUUUACCGCUAAAAUUUUUCGCGGGGAAAUUGUUCUUGGCAUCGCUAAAUGUGGGCUGUUUCCUCAGACUAUUAUCUAAUAGGUUAAAGCUAUAUGUAUAGAGUGUUUUCACUCACGUGGUCAGCAUCUAUGCAAAUUUAUUGGAACAAAAGAAAGCGUUUACAUAAGAAAAGAGCUCAACUCCCACAGGACUGGUUUGGGACACUAACAUGGCCGCCGUUUCAUUGUUUUGGGACACCAAUAUGGCCGCCGUGACGUCAUGUGAAAACACUCUAUAGAGAUGUGAAAUAAAGCCUUCCCCACCUUCUUCGUCAUUUUUGUUUCUAGUCUUUUACCUGACCUUUGUGCUUGCGACGUUCAUCAUUUUUCUCUUGCAGCUCCUUCCCCACCACCACUCCUACAGGUUGCCGAAGGUAGCAUCAAACCUACCAAAAUGACAAUCUUCUUGACGAAGUCUUCAGAUAACAAUGGAAGAGUUGUGUAAGUGUAAUAGAUUGUUUCAAAGUUUUUAACCACUCUUGUAACAAGUUAAAGUGACAGUGUCACUAAAAGAUAACCCUACUCGUACAUGUGAGAGAUCUCCCUCAGGCCGAUUCUCGUAAGUGACCACGUUCUUUUCAGAGAUAGAGAUGUUUCUCGUCGCGAAAGUAUAUAGUAAUAAUAUAUAGAUUUAGCCAGGGCUAAAAGCGAAGCUCCCAUUAAUAAAUUUAUAUUUUAAAUGAAACAAUAAACUUGUAAUCCACAAAUUAGUUAACUUAAGGGCACAUUCUUAUUUUAGAGUGAAACAUCUUACAUCCAGUUGAUAGCCUAAAUAUACAUGUAUGUACACCUAAUUGCAAAAACGUUGUCAUAGAAAAAAUGAAAAAAGGAAAAAGCCAAAUAGGAAUUAAUUAGGCUAAUGAGCCUUAUGAAUUCGUUUGCAGCAUCUGCACACAGACGUCGAAUUUGCCUGUUGGAAUUUUCUAUUGUUUUAAAGCUGAAAAACAAUAAAAAAAAAAAACAUUCCAGCGGGGAAAUGCAACGGCUGCAAAUGAAUCCACGCUGAAAAUGUGGCUUGAUUAGCCUCCCUAAUUCCUAUUUGGCUUUUUCCUUUUUUCAUUUUUUAAGACAACGUUACUGCAUUUAGGUGUACCCCCAAAAAAUAGCAAACAUCUUCUAUCACAUUCAAGAGCCAUAAUGGCUCUUGAUCACAGUAGAUUAGGCCUCGAAAAUAAAUUCUUGGAAAACAAAUCAGGCCGCCCUUUUUUUUGCGUUCGACAGGUUUACUUUACAAAUUCUUGCCAACAAAUCUGAGGGUGUGUAAACCAACCUUUUAUACUUUUUAUACAUCACAUCUGAGGUGAAACAGUACUUUUUAUCAUACAGACCUCGGACAGCAUACGGCAUUUCACAAUUUUUCAAUGUUCAGGACGAUCAAUCGUGGGCUUUUAGCGCAACCGUUCAAAAAAUUUCCAAAAUCACCCAUACGGCCAGCCGGUUCUCAUUUUUAGUGCGAGAUGUCAGUGUGGUCGAGUGUUUGAAUGAACUUUAAUGGAGAUACGCUUCAACAUAAUAACGAAUUUAUUAUCAUUAUUUUUUGUUAUUUAAUGGUUCCAGUUAUAACGAUGUGUAAUCUUAUAAAGCGUUUGACACGCGCGACAUUUCUAAGUACUCCCGCAAGCGAUGUUCAUGAACGAUGAAAACAAACACCACGGACAAGCGAUUAAAAUUGCAAGAGAGACUACUAACAAUCAAUAAAAUAAAUAUAAUUCGGUAAAACAUUUACAGAGACAACAAUUUUCAUUCACGAAGACAAGUAUUAAAGUGUCUCUAAAAAUCCUGAGUCUUUAAGCAUAAAGCUUAAGCUUAAGUUUAGUUUGUUUUACUUUCAGCCGGCCUCCCGGUGUUUGCUUUUUUUUUUUCAAAGAUGAACUCCUCGAAGCAAGAAAAUCACUCAAAGUUUUCUUUCUACAGCCAAAUUUACAACUAAAUAUUCUUCGGAACGUUUUUUUUUCUAUUUGCCGUGAGAAAAUAUAUCUGAAGGCCUUUUAAAGUUCUGUAAGCUUAUAUCAAACCUGACACUAGAUCAGAUCAUUGACUCAAAUAUUAACAAACGUGCAAAAACUUGCCGCAUAAACUGUGCUCGACUUCAUGAAAUUAGGUAUAACAAAAACAAACAUCAAAUACAAUAAUUACUCAGGCUUACCAUUCGAGAUUCAGUUCCUGAAAGAUAUCAAGGAAGGCCAUAGUUGCUUGAGACUUUUAAACCCUCUUACGCAUUGAGCAAGGUGAAAGACGAAAACGAUGCCAUCCGAAAUCGGAUUACCCAAUUUUGACAAGCGACGCAUUUCUCAACCAAAAACCCAAUAAACAAACCAGCCAUUGAUAACAGAAGACUCUUGAUAGCAGCUAUAUUUCAUUUUGUACAUCCAGUGGAAAAAGACAGUUAAAAACAUCUCAAGUUGAGACAAAACUCUGUCAGCUUUAGCUGUCAAAGUAAACAACUUUCAAGAUGCUGCAUAAAUUUUCCGCAUGAACUCACCUGUCAAAUUUUGACCAAUCAGAGUACAAAAAUUGGACGUAGAGCGUGACCAACGCGUGACCAUGGUAAGAAAAGGGUUCCCGCCAUUUUCGAAUUUUCGCGUCCGAGGUCAGUUUGAAAUCAAAAUCUUGACAGUGCGGGGCCAUAGUGACAUAAACACAACAUAUUUCAUAUGAAUCAUUGGACAAAAUAGACUUGAGCCUGCGAUCAUUUGAAACUGGUAAUUUGUCAGCCGAUAACUUCAAAAAAGUACUCGACCUCGAUGGGUCGACACUUGAGCCCGCGCUACGGUCAGGUGAUACUGGUCAGCGGAUAUCCUGUUUUCACAGCUGUCAAUUGAUCACAACAUUGAUGUGCAAUUAGUUUUCUAUUGGGCUCCCAAACUAGCUAGAAAGUGUGAGAGUAAACAUUGGUUUCCCUGUGGUGCGGACGGACGGUCGGGCGUACGGUCACGUGAUUACCAAAUUUUCUCGUAUGGGUAGAUUACCUGUACCACAUUUCCUUAGCUAUGGGGCUCCGUCCACGCGCGCGCUUCGCGCGCGGGUGGAGCUCCGCUAAUAAAGAAGUUUAAUCGACACAUUCUCGCAUUAAAAAUGAAUUACAAUGUGUUUACAAAGUUCGGAAAAUUACAAAAACCUAAUUGAGACUGGGUUUACAAAAUAAUUAAAAAUAGUAAAACCUACAAGAGUUACAUAAAUUUCAAUCAUAGCUACUAAGUUAUACUAAGAAUUUAAUUUUUAAAAUUUCUGGUAGUCGUAGCACAAGUACGCCAUGCUUUGUUGAUCUCAACACUGGUGCCUUUAUCCUAUGAGAACGUUGCUCUUUGACCGUGAAGAGCACGGAGGUUAAGAAAGGUAGCGAACUGUGUUCCUUAAGUGUAAGAUGGCGUAGUUCCCUGAACCAUAACGAACAUGGCAAAGCUAAGAAAUCCAAAAAAACUAUGAGCCUAAUGGGGACGCGUGUGGACGCCAUUAGGUCCCAGCCCCAUACCAAGAGAAGAGAAAUGUCUCCGACCUGAAACCGGCGGUGUAUUUUUUUUUUUAUGUUGAUUAAUUUUUUCGAUCCGAGCUCUGCCUGAAACUCUAUCGUCUAAAUAUUGUCUAAAGGAUGUUGGUCUUUUUAUCGAUACAGUUUUUCUAAGUUUAGAAGUUUUGUCUAACACUGAUUUGUCUUAUUUCCAUAAUUCUGUCUUCUACGUUAACAGAAUGAUAUGGCACUGAUACCUUAUUCACACAAAGCUUAACCAUCUUUAUAUAUGGUUGGUUGUUUAGUUCCUUAAGUUGGGCACGGCCUAGCGAGCGAAAAAGUCGCGAGGAAGGACUUUUUUUGAAAGUCUAAGUUUGUCGCGAAGUAAAAUUUAUCUUGGAUCCUACGUAGACACUAAUUUUUCAGUUUUCUAGUAAGUAAGUAAAGCAUUUAUUUAAACACUCAAAUUACAGCAACGCUGAUGUGGUGAUGUGUAAAAUUAAAGAUUAAUAAGAACUAUUCACAUAAUUAAGAAUUAACAUAAAUAAAACCGAUACGUUUAAGACAUGAUAUGUUUUAGAUAUAAAAGCUAAAAUUGGAUUAAAAACCACCAAUAGCUAGUAUUAAAAAGUGCAUUGUAUAAAAUCUUGAAGACAAUUUCUUUACUCAGCGUUUAAAAUUUUCUUAACAGGUGAUUUUUCUCGUAUCAUCAUUGUUCGACAGAAGCUCUGAUAUUUUAAACUUACUUCUUGACUAUCUCUUUCUUGGGGGUCGGCAUGUUGAAACAUAAUUGAUUUUUUAAACUGUAUUUGGUUUAAUGCCUAACUAAUAAGUGUCUUAGUAGGGGGGCAUGCGCUCGUAGUAACAUGUGCGAGAAAUAUGCUUUAAAGGCUUCUAUUUGAUACCCUGUAAACAGUCUCUCUGUUUGGGGAAAGGGUGAAAAAAUCGCGAGGAGAGGGAAGGGAAAGAUUUUUUCACCGUAUCCCCAAACAGAGAGUUUCGGUUCGCAGGCUACCAUUUGAAAGUGUUCAAGACGUCUUCAGGUAGUGUGCACCGGUCAAGACGGUCAAUUAUUUUAGCACCUCUUACGUGGAUGCGUUCAAGUUCGUCACACAAUGUUUUGUUGCUCGCCACAAAAUUAGACCAUACGCAAUGAAUGGUAAUAUUACUUUAUGGUUGAAGUCCAAGGGGGCGUCAACUUGUAGAAAAUAAACUAAUUUCAACGGGUUAAGUUUCUGUGUGAACAAUUUCAACAAUUCAGAUACGUGUUUAGACUAUUUAAGUCACAUCGUCGUUUUAGGGCAUAAAUUCUGUCUUGCCC